CGAAAUAAUCUUGUUGUGGUAUCUGUGUUUGAUCGUGAAGUGAAUGUUAGACGCGCUAGUAGCGCCGCUUUUCAUGAGAAUGUUGGUCGACAGGGUAUUUUCCCUCAUGGCAUAGAAAUUGUCACCACAGCUGAUUAUUUUACUGUUGGUAAUAGGGUUAAUGCUUUUCUUGAUAUAAGUGUAAAGAUAGCAGAGUUUGUCGAGUAUAAAUAUCACUUGAUUGAUCAUCUAAGUAAACAAACAAUAUCUAAUUGGGAUAAAAGCAUGAGGGUGCUAGGAUCUAAAGCUUUACACAAUUUCACACCUCUCGAUCUCGACUAUUUCAUCAACAAUGUCCUACCAUUCCUGAUUCCUCAAACGUUGUCCCUUGAUGUGCAUACAAGGCAUGGUGCUUUAUUAGCAAUCGGUGAAAUAUGUUUGGCUUGGUCAAAUUUACAAAAAGAUGAUAAAAGCUGGAUUGAACGCCAUAAAGAUUUGAUUAUGAAUAUAGCCAAUAUAAUUGGAUCUCUUCCUGAGAAUGUAUUUACAGAUUUUGGGUCAGAAGUUACAGUUCAAGCGGCAGUAAGUCAUAUUGCUAGCUUAGCUAAUGCUGGAUGGCCUGUAACUGAUGACAUUUUGAAAAAAUGGAAAAGUGUAGUAUAUGAUCUUCUCAGCAGAAAAGAUGAAAUUGGGCAAGAGAUUGCUAAACGAGCUGUUGAAGCUCUUGUUUCUCAAUAUGGAAUUGAUGGAUCAGAAAUCGAUAUAUAUCCUUUCAAUAAAAGUUCAUUAUGUUGUGAUAGAAAAGGCUUUACACUUGCUUUGGGUGUUAUACAAUACAGUAAAAUUUCGGAAUAUUUGGAUCGUGUAGUUGAUUCAUUGAUUUUUAUCUGCAAAAAUAAGAAAUGCAAUUAUUCAUUAGCAACAAUAUGUAAAAAAUUGGGUGAUUCAUUAAAAACAGUGGUUUCCAAAACCACUUUUGAUAAAAUCAUCAAUGCUUAUUUCACUGGUCUUGAAGACUACAGUACAGACCAACGAGGAGAUGUUGGAACUUGGGUUCGUGAAGCUUGUAUAAAUAAAGAAAUCUAUUUAUUCAAUUUGCCAGCUCGAGAAAUUUUACAAAGCACCUUACCAAAGGAUGAAGAGAUUCAUUGGACUUUACCACUAGAAUUGUACCCAAGAAUGGUCAAAUUACUUGCAUUAAAAGAAUAUAGAUUUGAUUUACUUGUUGGAUUAGUUAUUGUUGCUGGUGGUAUAAAUGAUACAUUACUUGAUUAUGCAAACGAACUUCCUGCUGCAAAGCUACUUGAAGAUUCUUCAUUAUCAUUACUUAAUCUUGCAAAUGAAUUAUUAAACAUAUUUCGUCACAAUGAAAGCAAGAUCGUAUCACUAUUCCUUUAUUGGAAUCUUUGUGGAAUGACGUCAUUGGGUGGUACGGUUAGAAAUCGUUCUUUGUAUCUAUUACUUGGUUUAUUAGUUCGAAGAUUGACAGCAGAUCAAUUGUAUCUAACACUUACUGGAUCAACAGAAGAUGAAUCAGAAGAAAUGUUAAAGAUUGAAGAUAUUUUGGUCAAUACUGAUUGGGAUAGUCCUGUACCUCAAUUAAAGGAACUUAGAAAUCAACUUUAUCACCUAUUGGGAUUGAAUGUUUCAAAAAAAUUUAAAAGUUAG